GGCGCAUGGACAGGGCUAGUGUGGAGGGACCGGAACCGAUCAAGUCAAAAUUGCGAACGUCUAGAGUAACAGAAAUUACGGUCAACCAAACCCUAGCAAAAGAAAAAAAAAUCAUAAUUCACAUUUCGUUCUUCCCGAAAUGGUCGAAAUGAAAUGGGAUAUGGAGAUCGAGGAAAUCGAAGCAGUUCUCGAGAAAAUCUGGGACUUACACGACAAGCUCAGCGACGCCAUUCACUCCAUUUCGCGAGCUCACUUCCUUAACUCCAUCAAAGCCCUAAAAGAAUCCGACAAGAAGAAGCUCUACAACGAUGUCGUCGUCGGCGCGGACGAUAACAGGACUGGCUUCGUGUACGUCAAGGAAUUUAGAAUCGACGAUGGUGACUCCGCAAUUCAAGAGGCCAAGAGUCUUAAUGCUAUAAGAACUGCUCUCGAGAAUCUCGAGGACCAGCUCGAAUUUUUCCACACAGUACAAAUACAGCAGCGUGUUGAGAGAGAUGCUGCCAUUGCACGAUUAGAACAAAGCCGGAUAAUUCUUGCAUUGAGAUUGGCUGAUCAUCAUGGUAAGAAAUACAAAGUAAUUGAUGAAGCUCUAGCUUUCGUGGGAGAUGUACACGAUGCCAGCCGUUACAUCUCACCUAAAAACCUUUACUGUUCACCGAUUAGUCCAUCUGGAGAGAAUCUUGCAUCGCAUGAAGGGAAGCACACUAAUAUGCUAAUCAAACUUAUUGUUUCUAGCUUCAACUAUGCAAAGAAAUCCCUGAAAUUUGACCAUAUGGGUGGGAUACUAAGCAAUGCAGCUAUAUUCGCAGUUAGCAUGAUAGCAAUGAUGCAUCUGCAUCAGAUUGCUUUCACUGAUGGGAGACCAGAAGAAAACAUCAACAACCGAAGGAACCCGAGAAAGAAUUCUCAACUUGAAGGGCCUUCAUCGUAUGAUCAUUCGAGCCACUUGGAUGUGUAUUUGGCCCGCGGUUAAGGUAAAGACAUUAAAAAAACGGUGGUUAGAAGUUUAUUUAAGGAUAGGAGGCCAUGCUGUUUUUUCAAAUUCGAAGAAGCUUUGCUAUCUCUCAUAUUCUCCCAAUAGGAGUUUCAAGAUUUUGGCUGAGCAGGUUAGCAAAGAAUACUAUCCUUUUUCUUUUUAAUUUUUUUGCUUCUAAUCUAUUGUCCUAUAGUUUGAGCUGUUGUGAAAAUGGUGAUUGCUGUUGCUGGUAUUGGUUGUUGAGGUAGUAGAUUCAUUGUUAAAUUUGAUAGUGAAUGUGAAGCUGAAGAAGCUGAUCUCGGUUUGCAAAGUAUGUUCUUUUCCUUAGCUCACACAAUGGCAGAGCCAUAUGGGAGCUGGAUGUGGCUAUGGCUAUGGCUCUGUCUCAUCUCAAGUGUCUUGAAAUUUCUAUAAUAUAUAAUGUUGAGUGGAUUUUCUUAAA